AUGGACGACGAGGAACUGAGCGAUAUAGAAGAUCAGGAGUACACGUUUGACUUCAAUUUCCACUUCUCGCGACAGGUGGUGAACUUUGACCCGGUGAAAAUCCACAGGGCCCUGUACAAGCUUCUGCGAAUUGAGAAUCCCAUCACACCGCGGAAAUUCGACACAUGGCCGCUAUUUGCCUCGCUCGCAGGCCUCUGUGACGUAUAUACGUCGCCGUCCGAACAGGACAACGAUUAUCGCAACGUCCUGUCACUGCGCAAAGUGGCAGACUCUGUGAUCGCACUCAAUUUCCACACCUACAAAAAUUCAAACACACCGUAUUUUGACUUUGGCUACGACCUGGCGUUGAUCGUCGAAAAAAUCUCCAUAUUGCUCGGGUGUGACGACUACACCCGGCUCCACGACGUGCGCAACGACGAAGACACCUGGUUGGAUGACUUGCCGAAAUGGACACCCCACAAGACACUCUCCGGAGUGCUGAGUCUCGCUAAUGGCUUCCACGACCUCACUCUACUUUACACAAUCGCAUCGGCAGCAGUUUACUGUAUAUAUCUGCUAUUCAAGCACCAGUUCAACCCGUUCGGCGAGUUCCUUUUCCAGCUCUGGGAGAAUCUCUCCAAGGUGAUCAUGUACGGCCUUGAAAUCGACCGCAGAGACGAGGAGCAGAACUUUCCCGGCUACCCAGCCUUGAUAAAACAGGUUGUCAAGGGAUCUGCAGCCGUGAGAGCGAUCACAGCUGCCGUGAUCUCGUCAAAGGACGACGAGUACGUCCACGACCUCCAGCACGUCCCGAUCUUUGUGUUCAUGCGGCCCUUGGGCAAGAAGUCCAUCACCGGAGCGCUCAAAGACAAGGCCGACUGGACAUUUUUCCCAGAGAGAAUCACCAGCAUCGAUUUCGACCUGCCAUGGCCGGUGAUUUUGAUCGGAGACAAGUUCGACGAAGACAUAGCGUACAUGUUCGAGCCCCGCAUAUCUGCCAGAAGGAAGGACAACAAGCACGUUGGUCUCAACUCUGACAACUAUUGGGAUCCUGGCCUCCAUGCCAGCUACCAUGCAAAUUGUCCCUGUGUUAGCCAGUUUAAAGAGCAGGUGAACACCAUAGUGAACAACGUUUCCAAGAAAACACACGAGGACCACCAGCUUCUGGAAGUUAUUCUGUCUGUUUUGAAACUGGUCAAGCCAGAAGAUGAUCCAUAUCCACUCCAAUACGAUGAGUGGUGCACAGAUCUGCGAGAAAUGCCACGCGGGAAGAACUGUGUGAUGAGCGACAGCUUCUCGCAGAUUUUCCGGCCAUAUGCCCAACAAUCAGACCAAUUCUUUGAGUCUGCACUCGAUAUCAUCGACAACUUGGAUCUUUUCAUAAGCACAGGUAACGAGUCGGUGUUCCAAGGGUCCAAGAUCAUCCGGAGCUUGGAAUGGAUAGGAAUAUACGAACACGAGACCGGCAAAAGAUUCCGAGUGCUCAUUCCAGCAAGAAAGAACGACGAUUUCAUCUCGACCGAUUUUAUUGUGGACUGGCUGAACUGCGAAGACAAUUUCCUGGAGAUUUUGCGUCACGAUCACGCGUUCACCUAUGCCAUGCUGGACGAGCUGCUCAUGGCCAUGGGUCAACGUACACAAGUGUUCAUUCUUUUAACCACUCUUCCUUUGAACCAAUGGGUAGUGUCGUACAUCCACGACUUGCUCACAGAAAGACGAGGUGAAGAAGUGGCUCAAACCAGGCCCGCAGACUUCGCCAAAUACCCAUUCACUAGAAAAGGUGCAGUCGAGCUGACCGACCAUGAGAAAUCCGUUCUUCUGGAUCUAUACUUCGAGAGCCUGUUUAGCAGUCUGGACGACCCAGCAUCAAACAAAGCAGGUCUUAAAGUGGUUUGCAUCAUGAUCACACUGCUGAAAAAGAAAGGAAUCUGUCUGCAAAGCAUCCACAAAUUCAAAAUCGAGUUGCAAACCUGGCUGGUGCAUAACGCGGGACUGGGCAGGCUCCCAGAAGCAAGGGAGCUGUUUUUCGAUAAUGACGAUUCACAAAUCCCACCUGAUGAGCCCAUGCCACUGGAGCAGUUUGAGAGAGACUACCUUGUCGAAAAAUCGGGUCCUAAACUGGCAUCUCUGUUGUGUCUGAUCGAGUUCAAGAACUUCGAAAGAGCUCUCUUGGAGGUGAUUCUCUUCUUCUCCAGACAUUACUUGGAAUGCCGCGAGCAGUUGCAAUUUCUGUUGAUCAACUCUGAAUCCAUGAACAUCUUGUUUGACAGUGAGCUGGAACUGGUGACCAUUGCAGAUUACGUGUUUAUGUACAUUCACCGUGCGCUCCAGCUGAAAAAUGCAAAGGCGGUUAAAGACAUGUUGUCGUGGGCCAGUUUGAUCAACACCGAAUGCGAAAUUGAUGAUAUCAUCAAAAAGUCUAUAGAGAGUCAAUAA